AUGGUCACGGUUGCAGUCGCCGGCGGUACUGGCAACGUUGGGAGAACGAUUGUUGAUGCACUGGUACAGAGUAAAAAGUAUGACGUGAUCGUGCUCACGCGCAAGGCGAAUUACGAUGUUGACCCAAGUCGCACUACUUGCGUCGUCGACUAUGGUGAUAUCGAGCAAGUCACCCGUUUACUGGAGAGCAAGAACGUUCAUACUGUCAUUUCCACGAUCGCCGUGCUAGACGAAGCGACUGGAAAGUCCGAGCUGAGUCUGGUCGCAGCCGCAGCCAUGUCAGCCACAACGAGGCGUUUCAUUGCAAGUAAUUGGGGCGGUGUUAUCCCUUCAGACGAAUCACUCCGCAUCCCGUUCCAAACACACCGCCUUGCAACGAUCAAAGCGCUUGAAAAGACCGAUCUCGAAUGGACACAGUUCCAAAACGGCUACUUUUUAGACUAUUACGGCAUGCCACACGUGGAGUCGAACUUGAAACCGCUGACAUUCGUCCUGGACGUGGCAAACACCGCGGCCGCUGUCCCUGGUACCGGCAAUGAGAUCAUGACGUUCACUUACACUCGAGACCUGGCGAAAUUUGUGGUUGCGGCGCUUGAUUUGCGGGACUGGAGGUUUCCGAUGGUUUGUUAUAGUGAGAAGACGACGUGGAAUAAGAUGAUUGCAUGGGCUGAAGAGUCUAGAGGUGUGAAGUUCAAUAUCACUUACGAUUCUGUGGAAAAGCUGCGAGGUGGUGAGAUUGACGAGUUGCCAGCUCAUCUAGCGGCGUAUUCAUUCGUUCCCAAGCCUGUUCUGGUUGGCAUACAGUCCAACUUCGGCUUGUAUGUUGCUUACGGGCUGUUUGACCUGCCGGAGGAGGGAUCUUUAAAUCAAUUGUUUCCCGAGAUUGGAACUUCGACUGCUGAAGGCAUUAUUGAUUGUUGGAGGGGGAAAUGA